AUGUGCACAGCUGCACCAUCGCUUGUACCGGCACUGGAUCACCUUAUCCUGCUCGUCAACGACCCUCGAACAUCCUCCACGCAACGCAGCUCGGCGCUCGAGCGUGCUGUCCUCGUCUUUUCCGAACUUGGAUUUCAGGUGGUGCGUGGCGGAACGCAUGCUGAUGGCCUGACGUCCAACGUGCUUAUCGUAUUUCCUGAUGGAGUCUAUAUCGAGAUCAUCCAAUUCGAGCCGUCACCCUCCCCCGGAUCAGGCGAAAGCCAGCAUGACUUUGAAACAAGAAGAAAACAACAUUGGUGGUAUCACUGCCGACCAGGCUGGAUCGACUGGUGCUUGCUGGACGGAAUCAGCGACGGAGCCAUCGAGAGCAUCAAUGAAAACGCGAGCCGUUUGAGGCAGAGUGCGUUGCAAGAGCUGCUCAACAAGAAGCAAGAUGAUCAACAAGAGCGAGCUAGAGUGGUUGCGCCAAGACUGCUGUACCAACAACCGCAACAAGGUGGUAGGAUCACAACAAGAGGCGAUCAGAUCAAGUGGAAGGUCUCGUUUCCCUCUCCACGAGGCCCAGGAGAUCGGCUGCCUGUGGGCAACGUUCGUUCGCACGUACCUUUCUGGUGUGCCGACCUUACUCCACGUGAUCUUCGAGUACCUUUGACCUAUGCGCAUCACAACAACCACUCACCCGGCAUCGCUGAAAUCACCCUGCUGUAUGGAAACGAUACGGUGACAAAGUACCUCGACGUCUCACUGGCACUUCAUCAGCCCAUACAGCCGAAUACGCUGCCCAUCACCAACGACUUUCAACUUGUGCCUAACGAGAUUCCUUAUCGCCUCUUGUCGACACCUGUAUCAGCGAUCCACAAGCCAGAUGCCAAUGCAGCUACCAACAUUACGACGAGCUCGCAUCACGAAGCAUUGCAGACUAACAGGUUUGUUAGGGUGAUAGUCAAGGUGGCGGAAGACCCAGAGGAUCGAAGGUGGAUUGAAGAGCAUGGCGAAGGGCUGUACGAAGUUGCUAUCUAUGUGGCUGCGGAUAAGCUGCCUCCUAGUGGGCCACCUGACGGUAUCGAGCGAACCACCUUUGAAGCAGGGUUUGGUCGCAUCAGACUUAGCCCCGUUCUCCAUUAG